AUGCUUUUUCUUCACCUACUCAACCUGUAUUUCUUCCUCAUCCCCAUCCUCGCUCAAAACACGACGAACACGACGAUCCCCUCCCGUUUCCUCCUCUCUUUCCAACUCAUGCAAUGCAGCAACGGUCUUGACUCUACCCACGACCCCGACGCCUCUCCCCCAGGUAGCGCACGCCUCUGGGGAGUCAUUACACUUAGCGCGCCUAACACCUCUACGCAGUUCGCCACACCGCAAGGGUCAAUUCCGUACCAUCGCUGGGAAGCAUUUAACACAUCCGCCUUCUUCUACAACACCGUCGAUGCACCACGCGGUUUCGUGCACGUUCAGAUCCCAACCGAAGCGAAGGGAUACAAGGCGUAUGUAGCAGCGGGAAAGGUGGUGUUUGAGGGCGUAGAUUUCCCUUGUAGGAAGGAGUAUGGGCGGGGGGUAUAUGGCGGUGGAGCGAAGAGUUUUGAUGGAGGGAGGUAUGUUUAUUGCAGUUUGAGGUGA